AUGACGUUAUUUCCCAAGGAAUGGAGCGAUGAGUGGGCAGAGAAAGCACUGGAAUAUCUGAAGUCGCCUGAUAGCGUGAAGGCUGACAUGGUCAUCAAAGGAAAACAGCCUGUACCUGCUCAGGUCCUUCCCAAGGGACGAAUUACUGACGGAGAAACUGCUCGCGACGGUUUUAUCACGACAGAAGGAGGGGGAGAUCCUGUUUCAGCUGCGCUGCUUGUCUCUACAAAAAGCCAUGACUCCUAUCUUAUAUAA